ACUUCCUCUGAUUUAAUUUAGCCUGAAUGGAAAUUGCCCCUCCAUGCUCCACUCAAAUGACAGAACCAGAGCCCCUCCUCGUGCGGCGGAUUUUCUUUGGAUUACACAUACGAACAGGCUAAGCUUCUCCAUAUGGGUUAGAUUUAUCCGAGUGUAGAGUAUUUUGUGGAAAUUUCUUAAAGUUUUCGUCAUCCUGCGCAUGGCUUGCGGCCAAGUAGGAGUAAAGGUAUAAGUAUUCAUUUCCCCCACGUAGUCCAGUGCUUCUUUCUUGCUGUCCCUUCAAUCUUCCCUUCAAGAACAUUCAGCGAAUCCAUAAACCGUAAAAAUGUCUGCAAACGUUACCUCGUAAGUUCUUCCUUUAUCGACUCUCUGAUAUGAAUUCACGUCAAAGCAGAAGUCUGCGAAGACUAGCAACCGUCACAUCCCAUUUCAAGCCAACUCGUACCAUGAGCUCACACACUACCUCGUUAUCCAGAAAGACCUACACACUCAACACUGGUGAUAAGAUUCCAGCUGUUGGUCUCGGCACAUGGCAAUCCCCACCUGGUGAAGUUGAAAAGGCAGUAGAGAUUGCUCUUCGCAGAGGUUACAGACACAUUGACACAGCUGUAAGUUGAAGAUUGCAUUAUGGCGUCAAAUUAAAUUCUGAUCGAUCAUUAGCUCGCAUACGGAAACGAGUCAGAAGUUGGUCAAGGUAUCAAAGCCUCCGGUGUACCAAGAAAGGAGAUCUGGUUGACUACCAAACUCGACAACCCAUGGCACAAGAGAGUCACGGAGGGAAUUGAUUCUUCCUUAAAGUCUUUGGGUACCGAUUACGUCGACUUAUACCUUAUGCAUUGGCCAUCAUCGACCGACCCAGAUGACUUGAAGAAGCAUUACCCAGAUUGGGACUUCAUUAAGACAUGGCACGAGUUGCAAAAGCUCCCUGCCACUGGCAAAGUAAAGAACAUUGGUGUCUCCAACUUCGGCAUUAAGAACUUGGAGAAGCUUCUCAAUGACCCAGGAACCACAGUAUGCCCAAAUCCAGCUCCCGCCAAUGCUUACCUCCAUUCUAAUUAUUCUCUAGAUUGUUCCCGCCGUCAACCAAAUCGAGCUCCACCCAAACAACCCUUCCCCAAAGCUCGUUGCAUACAACACAUCCAAGGGUAUCCACAGCACCGGUUACUCUUGUCUCGGUAGCACAAACUCUCCUCUGUACAAGGACAAGACCCUAUUGUCAAUGGCGGAGGCUAAGGGUAAGACCCCACAACAAGUACUACUUGCCUGGGGUAUUCAAAAAGGAUGGUCUGUUAUUCCAAAGUCCGUCAACAAGGAGCGUGUUGAGAAGAACUUUGAGCUUGAUGGUUGGGAAUUGACUAGUGAGGAAAUUGAAAAGUUGGACAACCUGCCAGAUAGAUUCAAGGUCUGCGGUGAUGAUUGGUUACCUAUCAAGGUUUUCUUCGGAGAUGAUGAGUAGAGGAUUUAGUUGUUUAUAAUUUAAAGAUACCAUGAAGUAAUUGAAUGUCAAGCUUCACAUGACCAUUUUUGUUGU